AUGCCACGGGGUACUAUCAAAUGCGCUACAAAUUGCGGGAUCGGUGUUGCGAUAGCUUUAUACGAUAAUAUUGCUGAAUGGUCGAAUGAAUUAGAUUUUAAACGUAAUGAAUUGCUACGAGUUAUCGACGAACGUCCUUGUUUUAAUAGCAAUAAAACUGAUACUGGUUGGUGGUACUGUGUAAAUGCAAAAGGUAAAUCUGGAUUUGCACCGGCAAAUCGACUUUAUUUGUUUCAUCGUUUCAAAAAACACAAUAUCGAAAAAAUUAGUACCACAUCUUGCGCAAUUCUAUUUAUACAAAAAAGGGAAAAUUCGCUAUAA